CGAGCCACCCACGAAUCUCAGCGCUGCUCGCUGCUGCAUCCCCAUCCCACAAUCCCUUGCUGGGUUUGCUGCAGUCUUUUCAACAGACGCUGAGUGGGAAAAAGAUGUCCUGUAAGAUAAAGAUGGAUUGGCUUGAACACCGAGAGGGGUCUCCCACUUGUUAAUGACCCAGAAACAUUCCUACCGACUUUCCUGCGCCUCCUCUCAUUUUCCUCCAUUUUGCUCUUUUUCUGCUCUGGGCAUACACGGGCACAUCCCUCCAUAGAGCAGAAGAGAUGCCGGGCGUGUGAUGAUGGCUGCACUGCAUGGUAGACAAAUCCAUUCCUUACCUAUUCUGAAGUCAUAAGGAUGUAUCAAUAGCUGAAGAAAAACAGGGAAUGUACCAACAUUUUGAGGUCCUGAGACAUGAGCAGCGGCGUGCAGGGUCAAGGAAAGUCGGCCCCCCAUGUCAGUGGUCUAGGAUGGCCAGUGAAGCCACCAACAUCCCAAGUCCUGUGGUGCGUCAGAUCGACAAGCAGUUUCUGAUUUGCAGUAUAUGCCUGGAGCGGUACAAGAACCCCAAGGUUCUCCCCUGCCUGCACACUUUCUGCGAGAGGUGCCUGCAGAACUACAUUCCCGCCCACAGUUUAACCCUGUCCUGCCCAGUGUGCCGCCAGACCUCCAUCCUGCCCGAGAAGGGGGUGGCCGCACUCCAGAACAACUUCUUCAUCACGAACCUGAUGGACGUGCUGCAGCGAACUCCUGGCAGCAACGUCGAGGAGUCCUCCAUCCUGGAGACAGUCACUGCGGUGGCUGCCGGGAAGCCUCUCUCUUGCCCAAACCACGAUGGGAAUGUGAUGGACUUUUACUGCCAGUCCUGUGAGACGGCCAUGUGUCGGGAGUGCACCGAGGGGGAGCAUGCAGAGCACCCCACUGUCCCCCUCAAGGAUGUGGUGGAGCAGCACAAGGCCUCGCUCCAGGUGCAGCUGGACGCCGUCAACAAAAGGCUCCCAGAAAUAGAUUCUGCUCUUCAGUUCAUCUCAGAAAUCAUCCAUCAGUUAACCAACCAGAAGGCCAGCAUUGUGGAUGAUAUCCAUUCCACCUUCGAUGAGCUCCAGAAGACUCUAAACGUGCGCAAGAGCGUGCUGCUAAUGGAACUGGAGGUCAACUAUGGUCUCAAACACAAAGUCCUGCAGUCGCAGCUGGACACGCUGCUGGAGGGACAGGAGAGCAUCAAGAGCUGCAGCAACUUCACGGCGCAGGCCCUGAACCAUGGCACGGAGACCGAGGUGCUGCUGGUCAAGAAGCAGAUGAGCGAGAAGCUGAACGAACUGGCGGACCAGGAUUUCCCGCUGCACCCGCGCGAGAACGACCAGCUGGAUUUCCUCGUGGAGACCGAGGGGCUCAAGAAGUCCAUCCACAACCUGGGCACGAUUUUAACCACCAACGCCGUCGCCUCGGAGACGGUGGCCACGGGCGAGGGGCUGCGGCAGACCAUCAUCGGGCAGCCCAUGUCCGUGACCAUCACCACCAAGGACAAGGACGGCGAGCUCUGCAAGACCGGCAACGCCUACCUCACGGCCGAGCUGAGCACGCCCGACGGCAGCGUGGCCGACGGGGAGAUCCUGGACAACAAAAACGGCACCUACGAGUUUCUGUACACCGUGCAGAAGGAGGGGGACUUCACCCUGUCCCUGCGACUGUACGACCAGCACAUCCGAGGCAGCCCCUUCAAGCUCAAGGUCAUCCGCUCCGCCGACGUGUCCCCCACCACCGAGGGCGUGAAGCGGCGCGUGAAGUCCCCGGGCAGUGGGCAUGUCAAGCAGAAGGCGGUGAAGAGGCCCGCGAGCAUGUACAGCACCGGGAAGCGAAAAGAGAAUCCCAUCGAGGACGAUCUGAUCUUUCGAGUGGGUACCAAAGGAAGAAAUAAAGGAGAAUUCACAAAUCUUCAAGGAGUAGCUGCAUCCACUAGUGGGAAGAUACUGAUUGCAGAUAGUAACAACCAAUGUGUGCAGAUAUUCUCCAAUGACGGGCAGUUCAAAAGCCGCUUUGGCAUUCGGGGGCGUUCCCCUGGGCAGCUGCAGCGACCCACAGGAGUGGCUGUGCAUCCCAGCGGGGACAUAAUCAUUGCAGAUUAUGAUAAUAAGUGGGUUAGCAUUUUCUCUUCAGAUGGGAAGUUUAAGACAAAAAUUGGAUCGGGAAAACUGAUGGGGCCCAAAGGUGUCUCUGUGGACCGCAACGGCCACAUCAUCGUGGUGGAUAACAAGGCGUGCUGCGUGUUUAUCUUCCAGCCCAAUGGGAAGAUAGUCACCAGGUUUGGUAGCCGAGGAAAUGGGGACAGGCAGUUUGCAGGUCCCCAUUUUGCAGCUGUAAAUAGCAAUAAUGAGAUUAUCGUUACAGAUUUCCAUAAUCACUCUGUCAAGGUGUUUAAUCAAGAAGGAGAAUUCAUGUUGAAGUUUGGCUCCAAUGGAGAAGGAAACGGGCAGUUCAAUGCCCCGACAGGCGUGGCCGUGGACUCCAACGGCAACAUCAUCGUGGCUGACUGGGGCAACAGCAGGAUCCAGGUGUUUGAUGGAAGUGGAUCGUUUUUGUCCUAUAUUAAUACAUCUGCUGACCCACUCUAUGGCCCCCAAGGCCUGGCCCUGACUUCAGACGGCCACGUAGUGGUGGCAGACUCUGGAAACCACUGCUUCAAGGUCUAUCGGUACUUGCAGUGACCUUGACCGUUGGCCGCUGGACACCCCUUUUACAAAGGUCUUGCACUAUAAACUGGAAUGAAUUUCUCGGCGCGGGACCAGAUUAUACUAGACUUUUCAUGCUAGAUGGAAUCAUUGGUGAACUUUCCAAGGUUGUUUCUGAAUGUAACAGUUUCCUUAAAAACUGCAUAUCUGAUUUCUGUAAUUCACCUUUAGGGUUUAAAAAAAGGAAAUUUCUUCUACUGAAUCUAUAAAAACUGCAAAGUUUUACUCCUGUGAACUAUGGCCUGUAGGACAGGGAUUUAUGUAGUUGAACUAAUUUUGCAAAUCAAACAAGCAUUUAAAAAAUCUAGAAUAUUUAAAGGUUAUUCGUUAAUCCUGUGAAUGAUAGCUUUUGCGCAGAGCUUCCAAAAUUAAAACAAAACAAAAACAAAAUCUGUUGUAGUUAUAUACUUUAUUUAACCUCAGUCACAAGACCUGGGGAAUCUUUUAACCUCACCUUUUACAGUAGGUAUUACUUUGGUCACUUUUUUUGGUUAUCAACAGUGACAGAGAAAUGACUUUAGGAAAAAAAAAAGAGACUGUCAUGCAAGUCUGAUUAGCAGGUCUAUGAGUUUAGCACUUAACAAUCAAUGCAAAUUUCCCAUCCAUUCUGGAUUCGAUCACAGAUCCUUUGGAUAUAUUCCUUUCACCUGCUCUCAUUAUAUCAAAAAACAAAGUACAUUUUCAGGGCAACCUGAAAUACCCAAUGCUUUGCAAAGCAUCUUCCAAUAGUAAUGCUACCUUUGGCAGACAGCCCUUCCACUCCAGAUUCGUGCACUGGAAUGCAAUCAAGAAAAGAAUGAGUGAUGUUUUAUGUGCCAUGUUCUCACAUGUCUCUCUUCUUCCACUUCAUGAAAGCGAAAGCUUUACCUCCUGCAAAACGUCAGCACAUGUAGUAGGACACCAGUAUCCUAGGACAGAGAGCCAUAAGUAGCCCUUUGGAGGACUGUGGUGUCAACCAAAGGCAUGCGAUUGAUGAAUGGUUUUCCCUUAGAAAGCAAGUGUUACCAAAGUUGUGUUAUCUCAAAAACCUUACAGGUAAGGGCAUGUUAUGGUUAUUUAUCAUUGUCUAAUGAAUAGUAGAGGCAUUAAAGGACUAUGUAUACAUGAUUAGGGUAAGGUAGAAUGUAUCAUAUAUAUAUACAUAUAUAUAUAGCUGAAACUUUGGUGUAUUGAAAUAGGCAGCACUCUGAAAAGCAAAGCAUUGCCCAGCCUUCUUCAGCACGCCCUUCAUUGCACAGUGAAGCUGCCCCAGGAGAACACGCCCUCAAGCAAACAUGAUUCUUGCCACUUUCCAGAAAUGGUGGUGGUGACUGACCUUGAGUCAGAAAAUGGCCUUCUAUGCUUUCAAAAUAAGAGAGAACAGAAACAGGUCAAAAGAAAAGUUGAAUUUGAGUUCUAAGGAAAUCAAACCUAAGUAUAAAUGUGUUUUAAGAAAUGCUAAGAGUAAUUUAGCCAAUCUAUCAUUGAUAACUGUAAAAUAAGAUGUGGUCUAUUUCCACAGUUGAACUUUCUACUCAGUUCUACCAAAUAGGAUGCCAAACUCGGCAUUUUCGAUAAUGACUUUGGGAUCUUUUUCACUGAAAGCACCUUAGAACUGUACCAUAAGAAAAUAAUUCCCUUAUGUGUAACUAUAUGAAUGUGAUGUUUACUGCUUAUUAAUUUAUAAUGCAAUCACACUCUUAUAUAGGACUUUUUAAAAUUUUGAAGGGAAACCCAGCUACUUCCAAUUGUCUGUCAAAUUUAUUAUGCCCAAAUCAACACCUGGAAGAAUUUUUUUCAGGGAGAUUUACAUCUAGGUUUAGUAUUUUUUUAAGUUAGGUAGAGUUUUCAAAGUACUUGAGCCUGUCUGUGAUAAAAUUAUAAAAUUCAAUAACAUUUUUAGAAUAUUAAACUAAGACAUGGUUUCCUGACAUCAGUGAAAAGUCUUUGAAUUUACACAUUCAUGUUUGAUGAGUGAUCACAAGGUGCCCCAAACUAUGCCAGACACCAGGGGUAAAGUGAAGACAAGAAUCCCAGCCCCCUUGGAGUUUACAUCCCAGAGAGGGAAUUUCAUUCUGCUGUUUAUUAACAUUCUGCAUAAAAGAUAAUAGUUACUAUACUGUUUAAGAGAAAACUUUUAAAAUGGUUAAAUUCAUUUUAAUUUAUUUUCACAAGUAAAAAUGCUUUCCUAUUUGGACCUCUUUCUACACUUCAUUUAGCCAAAGGGCCAGGAAGUGAUGGAUCCCUUUCCAGGCUAUUGAUCUUAAGACUUAGUUUAUGGAAAAGGUUUUUUUUUGUUUGUUUGUUUGUUUGUUUUUGGUGCAACAUUUAAAUUAUAUUUUUGAAUUGAAAAAUUUAAUCAGCCAUCCCAUAUUAGGUUGGGUCCUAUAUUAUGGGACUAUAUUAGGUCCAUAAAGAUUAGCCAUCCCAUAUCUUAAUAGUAGAUUGAAUACAAGGCAAAAAAUUUUGCAUGUCAAGUUGGCACAAACUGGAAUGAAAGAAUAGAUAUUUUGAUUCAGACCUGUUCCACUAUCUGAAACAGUUGCUAUGGGCACCCCAGAAAUCACCAUUUUUUCCCCAAAAAAAUAUGAUCAUCUAGAUUAAAGUAUAGAUAACAUUUCACAUUUGAAUACAGACGUGCAUUUACUGUAUUUCUUGGUAAGCAUAUUUUAGGGAAGAAAGUGCUGCUGAUAAUAGAGGAAUAGACAAGAUUUAAAUGCAAUUUUGUCACAUUCUAUGGAAAAUGGUUUCUGGUAAACUGAGAAGGAUAUUAAAAUAAGUGACUUUUUUUCUGGGCUACCAUUAUUGUUUGAUUUCUCUUUGUUAAGUGUACAGAACCUGUCAUACCUUCAUGAUAAGUAGCACUGAAAAAUUACUCAUUCAAAUUUCCCCUGGGCACUUAUGGCAAAAUGUUGCCAGUUAGUACAUGAAGGUCCGUGACUGUGCAUUCCCUCCUAGGGAGCCCUCCCCUGCUGGACACGGGAGGUGGAAAAGUCACCGGUCCGUCCAGAACCACAUCAAUAAAAAACCUUUAUGACUGUUCAUCCUUUGUUUUGAAUAGUAAUUAGUGUCUUGAUCUAACUUUAGUCUCCAGUAACUAAACAAGUCAAGUUUCCUUAUUUCAAUUUGCUCUCACUAGAGUUGAGACAAAUAAAUGUCACAGGUCCAUGCAACUGGAACACACUUGCUUCUGCUAAGUAUACAGGGUAUGUCCUAAUGUGGAGUUAACUGGAAUAGCUGUACAUGAGCAAGUGUAUAUGGGUCCUUAUGUGAAGGUCAUUACGUUGGUAAUGCCUACUGAGUUAAAUUGGAAGAAAUUGCAAAUAUCAGGUAAUCGGCAGAUGACUUCAAAUGGGAAAAAUCUUUUUGUACAUUUGGACUCUAUAGUAUCCUCUCUAUUCACCAGCUUCUGAAAAGGGAGGAGUAUUUGUAGUUUAACCAUGUGAAAACAAGACAUUUCCAGGAAGGAUAAAAUUGAAGCUGUUUGCUUAAAACCGAAAGUCCUAAUACUGUUGCAUUCUAUAAAUGUUGCAGGGUUUUAAACUUUACAAUUAUUUUAAUAUUUUUGAUAACUAGGAAUCUAGAAUUGCCAUAAAGGAAACUAAGUGCCCAUUAAAGAUUUGUUUGGUAUAAAUAAAUAAUUUUUUUUUUUUGCUUUAAAUGACAGUAAGCUACAAAUCAUGAUGUUAAUCUUUAAAAAAAAAUUUCUGAAGAUGAAUUGUGUGGCAGUGAUUGUGUGGUCUGUUUGUGGAGAAUGUAUGAAAGCUAUUAAUAGUCUAAAAUAGGUUAAUUGGCUAUGUUGUUCCAGUGAAUGUACAGCACUUCCAUUAACUUUGGAAAGCAGCACAGCCUUAAACUCAAUGCUUUUGCUUUAUGACAUGGGAAUGUUUUGUCAUCCACAGAGUGUAUCCUUAUCAUAGAACCCUUUUUAUCAUCCUCAAGUCUAUAGCCUUUCAAUCCUACGUAUGAUUAUGAAAGUUUUUUGCUUCCUUUCUUUUUCAAUUUUGUACAUUCCAUCUUUAUAGAUCUGUUUCAUACUUUUCCUGUGUAUAGAACACUAAGUCUUGCCCUGACAUUGGUACUUUCUCAUGGUUUGUUCUUUUAUGAAUCAAAAUGCUGACUGCUUAUUUAAAGAAAAGAGUGAGCGCUGUGUAUCCAAGUGUUUGUACGUUCAUAGCUGCAUACGUACCACAGUAUUUUGGAUGCUUUAGUCUACAAUAAAACUUUAAAUUAAUUCUGUCUUGAAACAUAGGAGAAACAAGUUUCAUGUGUAUAUCUUUAUCAUGCACAAAAUCUCCAAUCAUUAUAAUAAAGCUUGUUUUCUCCA